UCCCAUCUCCUAUUCUUUUUCUCUUCAACAUUUCCUUCUUCCACAUCUGCUACAAAGUGCAAACUCCAGUUUCUGCGUAAUGAAAGAAGAACACAAUUAAGCAUCAAAUUCACACUGCAACCGGAGAGAUGCCAAGAUCAAGAGCGAGUGAGAUGCCUCAACGGCCGUCUCCUCGGGCUCCGCACAGCCUCCGGACGUCCUCGAGUUCGGACUCGGAUCCAGUCCAUCCGCGGUCGAGGACCACCGUGCGGAGCCCGAGGCUAUCGGAGCCGCUGAAUCAGAGGAAGCUAGGCAGCCGCAUUGCCGAUCUCGAGACUCAGCUUGGGCAGGCUCAGGGCGAGCUCAAAUGCCUCAAGGAUCAAUUGGCCUCUGCCGAGGCAGCCAAGACAGCAGCUCAGGAGCUUCUUAACAAGAAAUCAAGGAAGCCAAAGAAGGUUGUGGAAAUGGAAGACAAGAAAGAGAGUAAUGAGGAGUUCUAUGAUGAUGUGUUUGAAGUGCCGAUGGAGAAAGCAGCUGUGGAGUCGCCGCUCAAGGAGAAGAGUAGAGAAGCUGAGGUUGUUGGUGAGGAAAAUGCAAAGAUGAAGAUGGAAAUUGAGGAGCUGAGUUUGAAGCUGAAGCAGGCCAAUGAAGAAGUGGAGAAGAGUAGAGCAAAUGUAGCAACCAUGAAGGAGAAAGUGGAAGCUAGUGAGAGAGGGAAGGUGGAGUUGGAGAUGGAGAUGAAGAGGCUUCGUGUUCAAACGGAGCAGUGGAGAAAGGCGGCGGAUGCAGCUGCGGCAGUGUUGGCUGGGGAAGUGGACAAGCAUGUUUAUGGAAGCUCACCAGAGGAUUCCGACGACGGUGGCAAGAGGAGAGGUUCUGGUAUUAAAAUGUUUGGAGACCUGUGGAGAAAGAAAGGAAACAAAUAGACUGUUUAGGUUUCCAAAUAAUGCUUGUUUUCCAUUUGCAUUUCUUUUCAGUUUGGAAUGUACUACUAGUAGACUAUAUUUGAUUUGUGUUUGCAGGCAACUCAAUGGUAUUCAUUUAUCAAGGAUGCCAAUCAAAAUA